AUGUGGAUGGCUGGGCUAACGCUAGCAUUCGUUAUCUCCAUAGCGCUUGCUCAAAAGGUCCGGGGUUAUACUGGGCUGCCCCUGGGCAUCUGGCAUUUGGCUACUCUGCCCAUUAGCCCUUCAUACUCAACAGAUGCAGGCUCUCUCUCAGAUUGGGUGAAGGAGAUGGGGAAGUGUCUUGAUGAAGAGCAGCUGGAACUGAUGCUAGUAGUUGCAUGGGCUUUAUGGAGUGAUAGAAAUUUGCUGCUGUUCCAGGACAUACAGAACUAUCUUGUGGAUAUGGUGAACAAAGCAAUCAGCUUCUUCUAA